GCCGGUGUCCCCGGGCUGCGGCGGGGGGUCGGGCCGUGCCCCGACAGCCGAAAGCCCCGGCGGGCUCCUCCAGGGCUGGGCCGGGCCGGGCGGGCAACGGCCGCCUCUGACCUUCUGGCCCGAACUGGGGCUUCGUUCCGUUGGAGAGGAAAGUCAGUGAAGGAAACGCUUCAGACCCAGAGCGGGCAUCUCGUGUUCCAAACACCGCGUUUGUACCAGUGGUGACGUCUCCAAGUCAAAACUUCUGCUCCACACUCUGGGUUUUCCCUGCCCUGUGGUCUCCAGCUGAUGUGUGGGAUCCUCCUGGGAGCCAUGCUGCUGAUCUUCUGCUCGUGGAUGACCCACCAGUCCUGCAUGUUCCUGGUGAAAUCAGCCAACCUCAGCAAGCGCAGGACCUACCCCGGCCUCGCAUUUCAUGCCUAUGGAAAAGCAGGAAAAAUGUUGGUGGAAACAAGCAUGAUUGGGCUGAUGCUGGGCACUUGCAUCGCGUUCUACGUCGUCAUUGGCGAUUUGGGCUCCAACUUCUUUGCGCAGAUGCUCGGAUUACAGGUGUCGGGCCCGUUCCGCAUUGUCCUGCUCUUCGCUGUCUCCCUGUGCAUUGUCCUUCCCCUGAGCCUGCAGAGGAACAUGAUGGCCUCCAUUCAGUCCUUCAGUGCCAUGGCUCUCAUCUUCUACAGCGUGUUCAUGUUCGUGGUUGUGUUGUCCUCCUUCAACCACGGGCUCUUCAGCGGGCAGUGGCUGCAGCGGGUCAGUUACAUGCGCUGGGAGGGCAUUUUCCGCUGCAUCCCCAUCUUUGGAAUGUCCUUUGCCUGCCAGUCUCAGGUCUUGCCUACUUACGACAGCUUGGAUGAGCCGUCUGUCAAAAUCAUGAGCUCCAUAUUUGCUUCUUCCCUAAACGUGGUCACCACCUUUUACAUCAUGGUGGGCUUCUUUGGCUACGUGAGUUACACCGAGGCCAUUGCUGGGAAUGUGCUGAUGAACUUCCCUUCCAACGUGGUGACGGAGAUGAUCCGAGUGGGAUUCAUGAUGUCCGUGGCAGUGGGGUUCCCCAUGAUGAUCCUGCCCUGCAGACAGGCUCUGAACACCCUGCUCUUUGAGCAGCAGCAGAAGGACGGCACCUUCGCUGCCGGGGGCUACAUGCCCCCGCUGCGCUUCAAAGCCCUGACGCUGGCUGUUGUGUUUGGAACCAUGGUCGGAGGCAUCAUGAUCCCCAAUGUGGAAACAGUCCUGGGCCUGACAGGUGCAACCAUGGGAAGCCUCAUUUGUUUCAUCUGCCCAGCUCUUAUUUACAAGAAGAUCCACAAGAAUGCGCUUUGUUCACAGAUUAUCCUGUGGAUUGGGCUGGGCAUGCUGGUGAUCAGCACCUACACCACCCUGUCUGCCACUGAGGACACCCGUGUGAGGACAGAAGCAGUGGGCUUGGAGCACCUGGACAGAGAGGAGAGCAGAAUUGACCAGGAUUCCGUCAAACUUCCAGAGCAGAACCCGGUGGUGGAGGAGCCCGAGGAUGACCGUGAUAAACCCAAAGUGCCUGAGGAGAAGGAGGAGAUGGAGCAGCCACAGAUCAAGGUGCCCGUGCAGGUGCCCAAGAGGGAGGAGGAGAGAGGAAAGGUGGAAGAGAAAGUGCAGCUGGACCGUCCCGAUCAAGGGAUUGCUGUGCCCGUGGGGGAGGCCCAUCGCCACGAGCCCCCAGUCCCACACGACGAGGUGGUCGUGGACAUGGGGCGGGAGCGGGAGGAAUCCAGCGAGAAUAAAGCGGCUCCUGGAGGAGCCAAGGACCGUCUGCUGGAGGAGCCAGCCAGGCUGAAGCCCCAGAAGGAGGCACUGGGCCCAAAGCAAGGGAAGGAAGUGGCUGCCGAGAACCAGCAGCGGGGAGGGACUGGUGGGCCUGUCCCAAAUCUGGAGAAGGUCCCGGAGGCAGCGCUGCAGCAGGGAGGAAGGCCGCCCUACAAGGAGCUGGAGGCAGGGGAAGCCAAGCUCGAAGCCAAGGCACAGGCGGCCGUGCUUGAUGGUGACACUGCCGAGGCUGCUGAGAGGGACAGGUCACAGCUCCAGCUCCCCAGGAAAGCAGAGGAGGCUGCAAAGCCCGUGGAGAAGGAAGCAGACCCUGGUGAGAAGCAGGAGCUGCCCCUCCCAGAGAGAGCAGAACUGCUGGAGAACCAGAACACUGAGGAGAAACAGGAGAAGGCAGGGGAAGCAGGGCCAGCAAAACUGCUGGACCACAACGUGCUGUUGCAGGUGAUCAAGGAGCAGCAGGUGCAGCACAAGCAGCUCCUGGACCAGCAGGCAAAGCUGCUGGCAGUGAUCGAGGAGCAGCACAAGGAGAUCCACCAGCAGCGGCAGGAGGAGGGGGCAGAGGAGAAGCCAAAGCCAGCAGAAGCACAGGCGGAGCCUGCCCUGCCCCUCUCCAGGAGCAGGGAGGACGAGGGCCUCGGAGCCAAGGGAGACACGGCUGGGAAGGAGCAGCUGGGCCAGCAGCCCCCAGAUGCCACCAGGCAGCACAGGGACAUGGUGGGGAAGCUGGAGGAGGCUGGGCAGAGGCGUGACAUUCCUGUGGCUGCUCCCAAGGAGCGGAAGGUGCCGCUGCAAGAGAAUGACAGAGCUGUUAAGAAUCCCGUGGAGAACCGGGAUCCCCUCCACGGGGAUGCCCAGCGUGUUCCAGCAGCCAGAAACCACCUGGAGAAAAAGGCCUUGGCAGAGGAUUUGGGAGGAGAACGUGAAGCCAAAGCUGGAAGAGAUGUCCACCAGAAGAAGAAUUUCCUGAAAGCCGUGGAAGCAGCUACAGCUCCCAUCCAAAGAGAACAGCCGGGGGCUGCCAAAGUUCAGGGAGUAGCAGGAAAGGGUUUGGAAAGAGACUCAGGAACAGACCUUAAAGCCAAAACUCUGAGUCAGGUGGAGCCCAAGGAGCUGGCAGUGGUGCCGGACUCUUCCAGUAACAGGAAUGUGGCAGUGAGGGAGCAGCACCCCCGGGACAGGGAGUGGCAGAGAGGAGCGCAGGCCGAGGGAGCGGGCGGGCGGCAGCGGGACCCGCCCAGCCACGGGCACGGGAAGGAGGAGGAUCCCGGGGAGGAGCCGGGGGGCCGGCAGGGCCGGGGGGGUGGGGGUCCCUCCAACGGUGCCCCUCAGGAUGCUCCAGCAGGGAAAUCUGAGGACGGAGCAGCCGCCCCCAGGGAUCCGCAGCAGCCGGAGCGCGACGUCAAACCCAACCGGGAGCUGAAGCUGCAGGGGGGCCUGGACCUGCGGCGCAGGAGACGGGACCUGGACCUGCUGCCUCCCGACCAGGAGGAGGAUGAGGAGGAGGACGGGGAGGAGGCUGCAGCAGGAGCAGGGGGGGUCCUGAUCGGCCUGAACCCCCUCCCCGACGUGAAGGUGAACGACCUGCGGAGCGCGCUGGAGGCGCGGCUGAGCCAGGUGGCCGAGGGCGCGCAGCACCUGGUGCGCAGCCGCCACAUCCAGCAGGUGACACAGGACAGGAGCCCGUGACAGGGCUGUGCCCCUGCUCCACAGGGAAGGCUCGGCCUCACCGGGCGUGGAGAGAUCUGAGCCAGCAGCGCUUUGCUGGAUGCAGUGCUCGGAUCCACAGGAUCUCCUUGGAUCCCUGAGCACCACCCUGGGGGCUUCCAGCAGCGCCCCCAGUGUGUGCCUGCGGGUGGCCAAGGAGAUGGUGGCACUGGAAGUGACAUUCCUGCUGUCCCCUGCCUUCCAGAGCUGCCAUGCACCUCGGCUCCCUGCCAGGCCGCUGCUCCAAGGAGCUUUUCCAGCAUCUCAUUCACAUCAAAUUGCCUUCUCCAACCAUCUCCCAGCUCCUCUCAGAAGCAGGAAGGGGCUCCAUGGCCCCGGCUGUGCCGGGGGGACCUGGGAUCCAUCCACACCUCGGGAAGGGCUUUACCCCAGAGAAGCCUUGAGCUGAGGACCAGCAGAGCCAGUGCUCCAGUGCUGGAUCGGGAGCAGAGCCUCAUUUGUCUGGGCCACAGUGGUGGUUUAGGAACCUCAUUUAGUAGAAACGCUGCCUUAACUGGGCACAACUCCUGUUGUGCUGCCUCUCUCCCAGGGAUGGGGUUCCUUGGCCACAUACUGGGACCACACAGAGCUCUGCCCCCGCUGCCCUCCCUGGUGCUCCUCCUCUCUGUGCUCUCCAGCUCCACUUCCCCUCUCAAAAGUGCAUUAAGAAGCUCAAGUUCCCCCCGACCCUUCCCAACCCAGCUUGAUUCUCCUGCCAGAGGUGAGUGGUUUGGGAGAAAGCAUGGCAGGGCCAGGUGGAUCCAGGGGCUCCACCUGCCUCUGCCUGUGUUCCUUGUGCUCUUCCCAGCCUCCCCCCGCCCUGUUCUGCAUCCAGACAGGUCCCUGCUCCACCUCUGGGAAUUUGUUUGGUGAGUGAAGAAGGGAGGAGCUUCCCCAAGAGCUCUCUGUUGUUUCAGGCUCCCAAUGAUUCAUCCCUUGGGUUUUUUUGGGUUUUGUGUUUUUACAUCCCGACCUGCGAAUGUACAGAAUUCAGUCCCAAAGCUCUCCCUAGACCGGCUGAGAAUUCCCAGCCUGGAGCCCUCAGACCUCAUCACUGUGGUGGCUUUUAUAUCCCGACCUCCAAAUGUCCUUGGCGACCUCGAGUCUGUGUCCAGUGGGACCCUGCAGAGCUGGGACGGGGUGGGACUGUCCCUGCCUGGUGCUCCCGGGGUGUCACAGCCCAGAGUGACAGGGAAGCCACCUGGGGAGUCCUUUGGGAAGACCCCCCGGAACACUGUGGCCUUAAACCCCCAAACCCAACGAGCUUCUCCAUUAACGCUGUCGUCAAGCACAAGCAGCACGGCCGGGAGGCGGGGACGGGCUCUGGAGCUCCAGGGCUGCCCCGGGGCCAGGGAUCCGGGCUGUGGCACAUCCAGCCUUCCUGCGAUGCCAGGGAGCCGGGUCGGCUCCUUGUGCCCUGUGCUGCCGGCUCCGGCCCCGCGGGGGCACAGCCGCCUGUUUGUUGUUCUCUGUGUGAACAGAAGGGACCAAAGAUGCUCCUGACAUUCCUGCUCCUGGGAAUGCCGUGGGCACCCCGAGCUGGGCUGGAGCUGCCCCGUCCCGCCGGGAUCGGCUCCCCCGGGGAGGGUGGGACGCUGGCACGGAGAGCCCGGAGUGCGGGCUGAGCCCAUCAAUAAAAUAAGCUGAAGCAUUCUGAUCUGAAUUCUUCUUUUAAUAAAUAAAAAUAGAUCUGUGACCUUCA